UUGUGUUGUCGCAUGCGGAAGUGUAACUAUAUCUAGCUAGGCUGUUUAGUAGACUUGACUAUCGACCAGAUUCAUGAGAUGGUGAAUAAGAUACUCCCAAGACGAUGGACACUGUGCCUAGUUCUGAUCUCCCUCUCCAGUAGAGCGGGCGGCUCCCCUCUAAACACAACCAACUGUUCAACCACUGACAACAACAGCUCCACCAACUACUCACAAUGCCUGGACCUAGAGUAUGCAUAUGACUCGUGCCCUGAUCCCUCCCUGUGCGAACCAGUCAACUCGGGGGACAACGUUAGCCUAGCGUUUGGCCUCACGAUUGCAGCUGGUCUCUCCACUACUAUAGGAGCACUACUACCGUUUGUCCCUUGUAUAAAACGUUCAAACACUCUCUACCUAGCCGCUGGACUUGCGCUAGCUGCAGGCGUGAUGUUGUAUGUAUCCUUCACCGAAAUUUGGACUAAAUCAAAGUGGUACUUUUGUUGUGCAACCCCCAACCAUUACGAUCUUGUCACUGCAGCUUGCUUCUUUGGUGGCAUUAUCAUCACUGUGUUAUUGGAUGUACUGGUGUCUCUACUGCAAAAGCUCGACUGUGGUCUAGCAUGCUGCUGCAAGAAGACGUCUGGUGAUACAGAAGGGAAGAGUUAUCGAUUCACUAAUCCUAUAAGAAGAAGAUCGAAUAAUACAAAACGCUUAACUCUUCAAACGAGUGUUUCCAGUGAUUUGUCUACUGCCAGUAAUUCAGUUGAACUACAGUCGCCGUUGGAGGAUAACCAUAGCAACCAAGUUACCCCUAGCAACGACGAUGCCGUUAGUCGUGGACCAAGUAUUGGAACGUGUACGAGCGUGUUGCCUAGCAACAACAACAACGAGCAACCUGGCGUGGAUCACUUGGAGUCUGUGUCCGUGUCAGUUCAAUCCAAUGGAGUAUCAGAGAACACUCACAAUUAUGCUGGUACAAGUGUUAACGAGUUGUUUUCCAACAGCAGUUUAUUGAGAAUGAAUGCGGUGAUCCCCGAGGUGGGCGGUAGUGACAGUGCUAUUGACGUGGGCGGUGAUGGUGUGUCUUCUGUGAGGAGUGAGGGGGCGGGGGGACUACGAGGGCUUGUGAGAAGGGCAUCUUAUACACAUGAUGAUAGCUUUGAGCCACAAGGUCCAGUGGAGUUUAAAGAGGUGACUGAGGUGUUGGGCAAGGAUGCCAAGAAGCUGCAUAGAAUGGGCAUCCUGACUGGACUGGCUAUAGCCAUCCAUAACUUCCCCGAGGGUCUAGCCACGUUUGUAGCCACUCUCUCUGACCCUUCACUGGGAGUGGCACUGUGUAUCGCCAUAGCAUUCCACAACAUUCCCGAGGGUGUGUGUGUAGCCAUGCCAGUCUACUAUGCCACUGGGAAGCGGUGGAAGGGAUUCCUCUGGGCGUUUCUAUCAGGCGUCUCUGAGCCUUUAGGAGCUCUGCUCGGUUGGCUGGUGCUCAAGAAUGUAUUUGGUCCACUUGUCUAUGGGAUAGCAUUCGGUCUCAUCUCAGGCAUGAUGGUGUUCAUAUCAAUCAAAGAAUUACUUCCCACAGCACGGAGAUUUGACACCACGGGGGGUCCCCUGGUUAACGGGUUCCUGAUCGCAGGGAUGGUUGUCAUGGCUAUCAGUCUAGUACUCUUCUUGUACUAAACUUUGACUUAACAAUUCCAUUUUUAAUACUUCUAUAAUUUAAAUGAUUAUGUCAAAAUCAUGAAUUAAUUUUUGUUUGGCUUUACAAUCACAUAAUUUGGUACAAAACACA